CCCGCCGCCUGUCGUUCGGGCUUAUCCCCGCCCGACCCUCUCUCGAUCUUGAUGUCGUCUUCACUCCAUCAACUCCACCAAGCGUGUUCGACAAGACAAGAUCUCUGGCGAACUUACUUGACAUUCCCGUUACUGAGUCAUCUCAGCUAUUGCGGACAAAAGGACGAUGAAGCACAAUCACCUACCGGCUGUCACCAAAGUGAAGGCUGGCUGGAGUGCCAAUCCGCGAUUCGUUCUCCUUGCGCUUUCCCACCUCCCUGGACAUCCUGAGACGCCUGCUAUUUGGAAACUUCGCAAGUCGACAAGGUAAUUCCCGAGGAUGGGCGGGUCUCCCUAUCAAUCCCAAGGCUGCAUAACCUGCAGACAGCGGAGGGUCGAGAACCAGUGCGAUCUUGCUAAACCCGAGUGCGCGCGAUGCGUCAAGAGAGGCACGCUAUGUCUUGGCUACGAGACGAACCGGCACUUUCUCCACCAUACACUCAUCACGCGAAUCGAUGACUCCGGCGCAAGCAGCAAGAGACCAGUCACCCAGCGGCUCGGACAACUGAGACCGCUUGCCCUGCCGGCAACCCUGAAUCUGGGCGCUGAAGUGCGAACCCAGCUCUUCUCCACAUUCAUGACCACCUUCUUCGCAUCCGACGACAAUGUUAAUGAUCUCAAUGCACGGGACGAUAGCUGGUACUUCAUGAUGGCCCGGUUCCCUUCCCUGACGGGCGAGUCGGCGCUUCUAGACCGGUCAGUCAUGGCAUUCGUAUGCACGUUCCUGGGCAGGAAAGCCAACGAUAGCCCAUUGGCCCGCCACGGUAUCGAGUUGUACAGUAAUGCGCUGAGGUUAAUGGCAGGGUGGCUCAAGCAGAAGGCCACGUCGACGCCUCAUCUUCUACUUUAUGCUACUAUCGUCUUUCAUACCUAUGAGACAAUGCAAACUGGCGAUGCUGCUCUGCAAAACAGCUUCGCUCACAUACGGGGUGCGACCGCUAUUCUUAAUCAUCCGUCCUUCCAACAUGCUCCCGAUCAACCUCUUACACAGACGAUGAUCACUCGACAGAAGUGGGCCGCAGCUUUCUGCAUCACAACGACACCGUCGGUACUUGACAACAUGGAAUGGGGAUGUUCCACGCAAGAUCAGAACGAGGGCCCCAUGGACGCGAUGUUUGCCCUGAUUGCCGAAACCGCUCGUCUGCAACGGAGCCUUGACACGAGCUCCCGCCAACCUCAUUCGGAGUGCCAGGCAGCCGCCCGAGUGUUACUCCGGCGCUGCUUCGACCUGGCGAAACGGCUUCGAACAUAUUGGCCGGAUGACCAGGGCGAUCGCCGUCACCCAGAGGAUCAUCUUCCCUCACUUUGUGAUCCUAUCACACUGCGACAUGAACAUAAUGAGCCGCAGACUUCCCCGUUGCCGGAUGAUCCCUUCAAUCUCCCGCCCUACGAUUUCGCCGACCUGGGGACUGCCAAAAUCUAUCUCCUCUACUGGAUCGUGGCGAUGACGAUUCGUAGGUUAAUCUAUCACACUGAGACACUUCUUCUCAAGGGAGAUAAUGGCGCGACUGCGCCGCCGGUGGUACUGCGCGUGCCCACGCGCGAGAUCUACCGCACGGUGGCCUAUCACCUCCAGCCGAGGAACCUGAUGUCCUCGACGCAUGCGGUCCUAUUUGCAGUGUCCGUCUUGUCGAAAUGCUGUUUGGAUUGUCGCGACGAGACGGGAUUUCGGUGGUGCCAGGGCAUCUACCGCUUACUUCAGGCACGAGGGUUGGAUGUGGCUUCGCGCCUUGGUGAGGCGGACCGGAGACAGUGGGCAGGGAUGCAUUCGUCCAUGACGGAGUUAGCUCUCCCUGUUUCUGUUUGAAAACCAUGCUAUGUGUAGAGCUAGAAUAGCCUCUGAAACGAGUUGCUGGGCUUCGGAGAAAUACAUACCUAGAAAGCAGACCGCGCCAAGCUAGGGAGGGACGGAGGACAUUAUCGAGGUAUAUGCCCCUCGGGAUACUUGGCCCUGGAGGCUGCGGGCCACGAGGCGGAUUACGAUCAUGCGUUUCUAAUUUACCCCACCCCACGCUUCGGGCUGCUCGGUAGCGGGGAUGGAUAUAUCUCAGCUGUGGGAAUAACUGCGCCC